AUGUUUGCAACUCCAUACAGUUUAUCUGAAUUUUGUAUUGGCUUUGGCGUGAUAGAAGAGACUGAGAAUAAGAUGAAGAAGAAGGGAGGAACUGGUCUCGAACACAAAGCCUUAGUUCUAACCGUCAACCACAUAUCCAACGUGUUGCAGCCACUGGCGGUGGCAGUGGCCUCUGUGUCAUACAAGAAUCCGGGGAGUAGAUCGGGGAACACGAACCUACCACCAUUAGAAUCUGGGAUUUUAGAUUCCAUAGAGGUCUUGGUGUUCCAACCUUCUGACUAUGGUCUCCAUUCCGAUGAGUUCCUCUCUGAGCCUAUUAUUUCACAGGUUCGAUUUGCCUUUGAUUUACCUAUCGAUCUUCACCUUUCUCUAUCCCUCUCGCCCACGUCGCUGAUUCCGACCAUAGACGGAAAAGAGAAGCAUCAACAACGAAUAUGCCUCCAUCAAGCAGAAGGUAAUUCGAGGGUGUCUACUCAGUCAAUGGUUGUGUCUAUCCUCUCUCUGAUUCCUGCAAUACUAGACGAUUUAAAGUACAGAAAUUGCAGGCUUCAUGGGAGUAAUGGAGAUAGUAAUGGAGUUUCAUUUUUCAACAAAGAGUCUAUGGAGCAAUUCGAGAAACAAGAUAUUGCCUUCCAAUUGAUUGAGCACAUUCUUGAUAAAGUUCAGAUUGAUACCUGACUUUUAGAGCA